GAGAGGCGGACUGGUAUGUUGAAGUACUUCCGGUUCACCUGCGUUUUGGCAUCUUGGACCUUUCAGUCAGCGUACAAGUUGGCUUUUCUCGUCUGUUUUUGCGCUUAGUGAUAACUUAGAGAGCUACAAGAGCUACAGAUAAAUCACGGGAAAGAGCUGAAAAGUCUGAAAAGCGUAGAGUAGUUAACAGAACAAUGCGGUCGAAGAGGAGGGUCGGCCCGGAACAAAGAAUUCGUGGAGAGCAAGUCGGAACUGUUGCAGAAGGAGCAGAUGAAUCACCCGAAGAUGCUUCAGACAACCCUUCCGAUUCCACCAGGGUGAAAGUUCAAAAACGCAAGGCAGAGCAAACGGUAGAGGAUGCCGAAAGCUCCCCUGCUUCAGGUAGUAAGGCCAAAAUGCCUAAACACGAUAUAGAGCUAGAACUGGCUUGCGACUCCGACUCUGACUCAGAUGCGAACUCUCCACCUGUAGAGGAGGAAGAUGAGGAGACCACUCCCGAAUCAGAAGGUACCGAGGAACUACCAGAUUUCAAUGGUGGGAGUUCAGCCCAGGAACCCGAAACUGACCUAGCGAAGACCAUCGAGGCGGCGGAGGCGUACCGAGCUGCGGUCAGGGCGGAGAUGCAGAGGACCCGGGCAGAGGGACCACCUGAGGCUACCAACAAGACCAUAGCGUUUCAGCAGGGGCACACCUGUGUGAACUGCAUGAUGCUGUUCUCCUCUGAGAGCAGCCUCCGGGCCCACCAGGUGUCGUGUGGGGAGGUGAUGUACCGCUGUAAGCUGUGCUGGGAGGACACGGAUGAGCCCACGGAACACAUGGAGGAGUACUGGCAGCGCGACCCUCCCCCGGAGCUGCGAUACAACCCGUGUUUAACCAUCGAGAGCGACAUGCAGCUGAUCAGAUCGAUGUACAUGUCAGUGGUGACGCCGGAUGAGGAAUGGCCGUGUAACCUCUGCGCUUCAGAGAUCAGCGUCCGCCAGGACAACUGGCCUACAUCCUUUAACUUCCGUAACAGGACGCGGCUGUGGACGCAUCAAGCCGUGGUCCACGGGAUCGUGUGGAAAAAGCUCCCAUGCCAGGCCUGCGGGGGGUAUCUCAAGUUUCACACCAGGUCCGAUUAUCUGCGCCACAUGUUCGCCAUGCACGUUCAACUGAGGAAGGAGGAAAAUGCGUUCUGUUGUCUUCUGUGCGGGGAGUUGAACCCUGACAGGGGCUGGCUGGAGAUUCACAUGUUCCAACAUGCAAAAAUGCCAGCAAACUAGUUAUUUGUUCGCUUGUCAUGGAGGGAAAAAAAGCAACCCUGUUCAUGGUUCCAGCACCACAGUGCAUCUCACUGCAUGUGCAGUUGGAACCAUGAACACGUGAAUAGACGUGUACCCCUCACAGUAACAAACUGCAAUGUAGAAAUGACUAUCAACUCUCUUCUACUUUGCUCUUCUCAUUUUUUUCUGGACCGGUACAGGUGAUACAGUUUUGGACUGGUACAAAAUACAGGCACUCACCCCUAUAGUUGAUAGUUUAUUUUCAAAUUUUCUAGUUCUAUCAUGUGUUUUUAAUAAUAGUUGAAGAUUGAUCAACCAGUUAUUAAAGAUUAUAUCAUGGAGUGUUACAGGAUGCAAGACUGUUAAAGUAAUUGAAAUGAAAGGGUGGAAAAGUAAGAUUCGUAUGGUUAGUGACCCCUUAUCAACUAUUUGGAAUAUGAUUUUUAAUGAAUUUUUGUUGAAAAAUAUAUUUGGUACAUAUUUUGAUGAUACAGGUUGUAUAUGUGGUAAGUUUCUUGUCAUGGUAGUUUCUUUGUGCCAUGGACUGCUGAAAAAGUAAGGACUGUUCUCUGAUGAACAUUAAUCUACCAAAAUGGUAAAACUACUAAAAGAUUCUGCAGAUGCAAGUCAAUAAUCUACAAUGUAGAAGUCUCUGUAAAACUUCAUCUCAAUCAGAACCAAACAGUAGUAAAUUUUCAGAUAUACAUGUAACUGUUAUGCAGUUCUCUGCUGUUCCAAAUAUUUCAUGGAAAGGAAGUUCAUUUUGAAACUUAAAUCAGCAAAGCCAAAUGAAUGUACCUGAAUGUAGUCAGGGUUUUGCUGCUUCCUUUCAUAGCAGUGUGCAUAUUGUACAGGUACUGUAAAUGCAGAAAUGUUCGCGGUUGUUUUAUGUUCACGGUUUUUGCGUUGGCCACUUCAGCGCAAAUUUAAAACCACCGCCAACAUUUUUCCGUGGCAGUAAGAGACUACGUUGCAUGGUGCUACCGCAAAAUUAAAACCACUGCGAAAAGUCCUUUUUCCUGCUCCUGCAAAAUUAAAUCCCCGCGAACUUAAAUGCAUUUACAGUAUAUGACAUAGAUGCUGGCAAAUGACUGAAAAAAACAAGUAGAUUCAUUAUUGGUUUCUGGUGAGGAAGGGAUUCAUAACAUAUCCUAUUUUAUAUUACCCUGGGGUUGCAUAUUCUAGUAUGCUGUAUUGUGGGAAAUAUUUUCACAACAGGUCCUGAACAUUGACAUUCACAUUUUCUGCAAUGUAGUUCACAUCACGGCUCUGUUGUAAUAAAAUAUGUUGAAAUUGA